AUGUCUUUUUCUUUCGGCUUUUUAGUCAACUUCCGCACGCGUCCAACCGGACAAAGAGAGACGAUGAAAACCGGCGACGAGGAAGAGGCACGACCGGACUCAAGACGGCGCAGGAGGCAGCCAUAUGCAGAGAUAAGCGUUUUUUCUCAAGAGUGCAUGAAAAACGGUGGAAAGCUGGAGAAAAGGAGACGAGCAAGUAAACUUAACUCUGCAGCAGCCAACGAAGUCGUGUCUCGCCGGAUUCCCUUCUCGCCGUUGCUUGGGAGACGGCCUGCUGACCGCAGGAGAGAAGGGAAGAAGUCUUCCUCCUCAGAAAUUCAUUUUGAUUUUCAUCAACCGCUAGAGAGAGAAAAUUCAACAGUUUCCCGUCUACAGGCUCUGGACCAUUCCCGAUCUCUAUGCUCUUCGCCCAGCGACGAUUUUUUUUCGCGCAUGCAGAGGGCCAGAGGUACAGCUUCGCGACGGGACAGGGCAAUUGAUCUUUUUCGGAAACGAAGGUGA